UGCUACAAGACAUGCAUUCUUUUUUAAAUCAUUCAAGCCUAUUUUUUAUACGCCAUGUCUGAUACCGUUACGACCUCUUUCUUGAAUGCUUGCCAAGGUCGCCUUGGGGGUGCAGAGCUUUUGGAAGGCAAGACUGACAGCGAUCGCAAGGAGAUCAAAGAAUGGAUCGAACGUUUCGAGAAAGAUCUUACUCCUCUUGCCAAGGCUUUAAACGAACAUCUCGAGACUCGGACUUAUAUAGUCGGACACUCUAUUACCAAUGCCGACCUCUGGACAUUUGUCAAGAUCCAUGAACAAUUCAGCGCCAUGUCCAGGGAUGGUCAGUUGAAGCGUCCUCAUUUGACUCGCUGGUUCGAUUUGAUUCAGGAACAAACUAGCGAGUUGGGCCACUUAGCACCUAUCAUUAUCGAUCUUGAGGCUCCUGAGCUUCAGAUCCCUCCCAAGGAGAAGGCUACAUCUGCAAAAGCUAGUGCUGGUUCUACUAGCGCCUCAGUAGACGAGAAGAAGGCCAAGAAGGCUAGCAAGAAGGAGGCCAAGACGGAGGAGAAGAAGGCCAAAAAGGAAGCUAAUGCUGCUUCUGAGGAGGGCACUACCACCACCACAAAUACAGGUGACGCUCAAAAGAAGGAAAAGAAGGCAAAGGCUCCCAAGGCCCCCGCCGCUCCUGCUGCACCUGCUGCACCUACCACCCCACAGCCAUGGCAAGUUGAUCUCCGUGUCGGAAGGAUUUUGAAGGUCGAAAAACACCCAGAUGCAGACUCAUUGUAUGUUGAGUCUAUUGAUGUUGGUGAGCCUGAACCUCGAACAGUCGUCAGUGGAUUGGUCAAGCAUAUUCCUAUUGAGGAGAUGGAGAAUCGUUGGUUGGUCUGUGUCUGCAACUUGAAGCCUGCUGCCAUGAGAGGCGUCAAGUCUUUUGCUAUGGUCUUGGCUGCUACUGAUGAUGCUGGCAAGCUCGAGCUAGUUGAGCCACCUAAGGGAUCCAAACCAGGAGACAAGUGUUACUUUGGUGACUGGAAAGAUGAAAAGCCCGAUGAGGUUAUGAACCCCAAGAAGAAAAUUUGGGAGACUAUCCAGCCUGGUCUCCAUACCACAGCCGAGCUUCGUGCUGCCUGGAAGUCUGAUGAAGGCGCCGUCCAUGUCCUACAUACUGAACUAGGCGAUUGCACUGUGCCCUCUGUCGUUGGCGCCAAGAUCAAAUAAAAAGAAAGUAACCUAGACCUGCCCUUGUCAUGUUUUACCUGAGC